UGACAGUAUCGUCUGGUAAAGUAAAUACGAAAAUUCGAACAGAACAUGCCGUAAAAUUAAUAACAAACAAGCUCCUAUUCAAUCAAUAUAAACAAAUGGUGGCUUAGGAUGAAAAAAAAAAAUUAAAAAAAAAUUGGAGUGAGAACCGGUUUUUAAGACAAGCUCCCUCAUUGGUUAGAUGGAUGAGGAGAAUAGCCUCUCUACUGAAGGCUGCACACCUGACUCAUUGUACAGGAAGACAUGAGAGAAGACUUAUAUCUUCGUCUCAAACACCGUAAUUGCUGCGGUGUCCGUUAGGAUACAUCAUUACAAUUUUAUCAUCAAUUGUCAUGAAGUGUGCAACGUUGCUGUUAUGCAUUUUUGUCGUCAAGUUAAAGACAGGUUGCUGUUAUCCAACUCAUAAUACUCCACCGGUUUUUGAUUUUAAUAGGAAAUGGUUAAUACCAGAAAACGAACCAGUAGGUAGCAGAAUUAUAACGGUUAGGACCAACGACGACGACAACGAUCCUAUCGAAUACAGUAUAGAACCAGCAUUGUUCCUGGAUGGUUCCAAUUAUUUUAGGAUCGAUAAAAAGACGGGUGACGUUUACCUACAAGCUUCCCUAGCUGGUCAGGCUGGAAACGAUUGCUAUCUAUUCGUAUCUGCUAAUGAUGGGCAUCAAACGGCCAAGAUAGAAGUGUACGUUCGAAUUUUGGAAGCAAACAGUCGACCUCCUCUAGUGCCUACCAUCGAUGUGCCUUUCAUCACUAUUAAUCGUGCCCCCACUGGGGGUGGGAAGGGGAAAUCAAAAGGAUCCCAUUCCUUUCCGACGACAGAGGGUUCACUUCCUGCCGUCGUUUCCACCUCACUUAACACCACCACCUCCCCCCGCGCUACUACCAAGACCACCUCGAAGAUAUCUGCCACCACCACGCAGUCCACACGUCCCUCAACGCCAGAUACCAACAACGCGAGCGAUACUCCUGCCCCAACCACCGAAACCAACAACAAAAGAGGAUUCGAUAUGACAUCCACUGUAUUGCCAUUCUUGUCCAUUUUGGGUUUUGCACCCAUUUUGGGCUUUGUCAUUUGGUUGUUCCAGAAGAAGUGCAAGAAGGAUGAAAAGUUAAAGCCCGAUGAAAAAAUACCCGAAAGAAGAGAUAACGAUGAUUCAGACGAACUGAAAAUAAAUCGUCAUCCCUGUUCGUUGUAUUUGCAAAGACCAAAAAGGGCUCAAUCAAACAGAUACGAAUCUGGAGAAUUUUAUGGGCCCUUAACAGAGAAUAGAAAAUGGGAAUUUCCAAGGCAUCAUCUAAGGUUCAUUGGCAUUUUAGGUGAGGGAUGCUUUGGACAGGUGUGGAAGUGUGAAGCUUUAAACAUAUACAACAAAGAUGGAACUAGUUUAGUAGCAGUGAAGACUUUAAAGGAAAAUGCCACGGAAAAGGAGAGGAAGGAUUUAUUAAGCGAAUUAGAAGUUAUGAAGUUGUUAAAUCCUCACCCCAAUGUGGUAACCCUUCUUGGAUGCUGUACAGAGAGAAAUCCAAUUUUUGUCAUAAUGGAGUAUGUAAAUCACGGUAAACUCCAAUCGUAUUUAAGAGAAAGUAGAGCAGAAAGAUUUUAUGGUAACCUUCACGGGAGUAGCAAGCAUUUGACGUCGCGCGAUUUGACCCUGUUUGCCUAUCAAGUGGCUAAAGGAAUGGAAUAUUUAGCAUCCAAGGGGAUUAUUCAUCGUGAUUUGGCUGCGAGGAAUAUACUUGUAGAUGAUAAUAAAAUUUGCAAAGUUGCAGAUUUUGGUUUCGCUCGUGACGUGAUAGUAACGCAUGUUUACGAGAGAAAAUCAGAGGGAAGAUUACCCAUUAGAUGGAUGGCACCUGAAUCUCUCUUCGAUAAUAUAUUCACUAGUAAAACAGACGUGUGGUCUUUCGGUAUAUUAAUGUGGGAAAUUGUGACUUUAGGUUCAACACCGUACCCGGGACUAGCAGCUGCAGAAGUAAUGAGAAGAGUGAGAGACGGUUACAGAUUAGAAAAACCAGAACACUGCAAAAGGGAAAUGUACAAUAUCAUGUUCUACUGUUGGGACAAGGAUCCAGCAGAGAGGCCCACCUUUAACGAAUUAGUACUUUGGUUAGAUAAGUUAUUAAUUAGUGAAAAUGAUUACAUAGAACUCGACAGAUUUCCUGAUCAUUCAUACUACAACAUCAGCAAUCUAUCAGGAGAAAAACUGUGAAAUUAUACAUACCAAAGCAUGGAUUCUGCAUUAAUUAAAAACAAAAAUUCUGUAAGAUAUGUUGUACAUAACGCGAGCUUCCAAAUGGUUUGUUUUAUUAUAGGUUUGAAUA